CUUCUUUCACCAUGAACGGUCAGGCUCUGCUUCCCGUUCCGUUUCAUGCAAGCCCCAUCCAGCACCCGCAGCCUCCCCUCGAAAUGUUUCGCUUCAUCGAUGAAACGCCCCUCCUGCAUGUCCCUCUCUCCUUAACAAAACUAUCCUUCGUCCCAAAUCUCCAAAUCGGCCAACCUGCCCUUUCGUAUUCUCCCGCCCCCGAAGCCAUCAAGUCCGAGGCCGACGCCGCGCCGCCGCUUGAUGGAAUCGCCGCCGUUGUUGGUGAGCACGUCCUCUUCGGGAAGAAGGAUUCGGAGCAGGCUGAUGAAUCGCAUUUGCCUUCCAUCUCGCGGUGUCUAGGGCCGAUGAGACCCCAGAAGCGGCAGGUCAGCGAGGAGAGGCGUCGGACCGCGGCCGUCGAGGGGAACGUGUCGGUGCAGAAGAACUACCGGGGGGUGAGGAAGCGGCCGUGGGGGAGGUGGUCGGCAGAGAUAAGGGACAGAAUAGGGCGGUGCAGGCACUGGCUGGGGACCUUCGACACGGCCGAGGAGGCGGCCCGGGCCUACGAUGCGGCUGCCAGGCGGCUGAGGGGCUCAAAGGCGAGGACCAACUUCGAGAUACCGCCGAUCGUGCCGCUGCCGGCUUUAUCAUCCCCUCCGGCGCUGCCGGGCUCUCGGAGGAGAAGGGAGGCUGCCGGCCGAGGGAGGAAGUGCUCGGUGGUGACCUCCGUGGAGCACCUGUUCAGUGGCAGCCCUAGCGCUCACGGCAACGGAUCAGGUAACAAAGCCAAAAUAACCAAUGGGAGCAAUAGCAUCAGCAAUGGUCUGGAGCUUGAUCUGAAGCUUGAGGUCGGGGUUCGUCGGUCCAAGCGAUAACGCCGUCGCUAUGGCUAGAUCGAUGGUACUCUAGUGGUACAUUACGUAGAUCCUCACUGACUCUAGUCAACGCCUCUCUGUGCGCUUCGUUUUUUGAUCAUAGGGGAGUCAUUUUUGGGGCUUAAUAGGAAGAUGUAAGUGCAUGCAUGUCGCUCUAUAUUUAAAAUUAAUCAAGUAUAUUGCAUGGAUGGUAAGAUCAAGUAUAUAUAUUGUAUGGAUGGCAAUAUGUGGGAACCUUU